AUGGGUCGUCUCAAUCUUGAAGUGUUCAAGUUCGGCAUGUACGUCAUGUUCCCCAUCGGGGUCAUGUUCUACUUCGGCACGAACCUCGACAACCGCUUCACGGUCAACGACUUCUGGCCCAAACCCGAGCAGACGAACAAGAUACCGACCGACAGGGACGAGAUCCGCGCCGAGCUGGAGAGGCUUCGCACCCAGCGUCUGCUCAACAGGGACAGGAGGUUAGCAGCUGAGGCCGCUGAGGCCAGGCUGAGACCCCAGGCUCCAGAGGAGUCACGGACGGAAUGA